GUGGAGGAGAGGAGUGCAACGAUCCUCCAAGCAAAAGACCAACGACCUUUCCUUUCCUGUCCUGUCUACUCGUGCUUCUCUCCCUCUUCCCAUGGCUUCAUCUUCUUCUUCUCCUCCUGCUUCUUCACUCCUUCCCUGCCAUCCUUCCUCUCUCCACCACUCCCUCCUCCACUCUCGCAUCUCCACUCCACGUCCGCGCCCAUGUCUCUCCUCCGCUUCCACCCCUUACGCCCCACCGCCACCGCCGGCGCUUCCUCUCUCCCCAAGCUCCCUCUCCCCCUGCCAACACAGCCCCUCAAGUCCCUUCCUUCGAGACCCGCCUCCAGCUUCAGACUGCAUGCGGUCUCGACGGGCUUCAGGGACGCUGCUUCUUCGCUCGAGGACGAGGAUGCCAAGGUCCUCGUGGGCCCCGCCAGCGAGGAGGAGCGGAGGGGGGAGAGAGUGGUGGCGGACUACGACUGGACGGAGGAGUGGUACCCUCUCUACCUCGCCAACGACGUCCCCGACGACGCCCCGCUGGGCCUCACCGUGUUCGACAAGCAGCUCGUGCUCUACAGGGACGGCGACGGCUUGCUCCGGUGUUACGAAGAUCGCUGUCCCCACAGGCUGGCAAAGUUAUCAGAAGGUCAGCUGAUUGAUGGGAGGUUGGAAUGUUUGUACCAUGGUUGGCAGUUCGAGGGCGAGGGAAAAUGUGUCAAGAUACCUCAGCUGCCAGCGGACGCGAAAAUUCCGCAAUCAGCUUGUGUUAGGACAUAUGAGGUGAGGGAUUCUCAAGGAGUUGUGUGGGUGUGGAUGUCUCAGAAGACACCACCAAACUUCAGCAAGAUACCAUGGUUCGAGAAUUUUGCAAGGCCGGGCUUUCAAGACACUUCAACUACCCACGAGCUUCCUUACGAUCAUUCCAUACUUCUGGAGAACCUUAUGGAUCCAGCCCAUAUCCCCAUUUCGCAUGAUAGAACAGAUUGGACAGCGAAAAGGGAAGAUGCCCAACCCCUAUGUUUCCAAGUAACUGAACGGACGGACCGAGGAUUUGCAGGAUGGUGGGGUAAAGAGAAAGAUGAGUCAUUGCCUAACUUUUUGCGCUUUGAAGCACCAUGUGUUCUUCAAAACAACAGAGAAUUCGUCGACAAGAAUGGAGUAAAACACUACUUCACUGGUCUAUUCCUCUGUAGACCAACUGGACAAGGGAAGUCCAUGCUUAUUGUGAGGUUUGGAGGGACGAUGAGAUCUCCUCUGGCUAAAGUCUUCCCUAAAUGGUAUUUCCACCAGAACGCGAGUAAAGUAUUCGAGCAAGAUAUGGGAUUUCUUUCAUCACAAAAUGAAGUCUUGAUAAAAGAAAAGGUUCCCACAAAGCAGCUCUACCUUAACUUGAGGUCCUCAGACACAUGGGUAGCGGAGUACAGGAAGUGGAUGGACAAAGUAGGGCACGGAAUGCCUUAUCAUUUUGGGCACAGCACCAUUUCCUUGCCGAAGGAGCCUGCUGUGGUGGAACAUGCACCGGCUGGUUUAGUCGCCAGAGCCUCUGCGUCGUCACCUGCCAAGGGAGGUAUUGGGACAAUGCACGCUCCUAAUUUGGCCAACAGAUACUUCAGGCAUGUGAUCCAUUGCAAAGGAUGCAGAAAUGUAGUGAAAGCGUUUGAAGCUUGGAAAAAUGGGCUCUUUGCUUUGGCUGCUGCUUUGACUGCAUUGGCUAUUUUAGCGUCUGCUAGACAGUGGAAGGUGAUACUCCUGGUAACAGCAACGGCAUGCUUCGGUGGAGUUUAUGUGUGUUCAACAGCUAUUGCUAUGAAUACUACAAACUUCGUCAGGACUCACAGGAGAUUGUGAGUCCUUGAUCGUUGCACAUUAUGUCUCCAUUUAUUUUAGGAUGACAAGAAGUACUUUCAUAUAGAAUGUAGUUGCUGUAGCAAACUUGUAUUUAGUUACUUGAACAUGAAUGUAAUGCUCUUCCUUAGACAAUGAAACCUUGCCAAAUGCUUGAUUAUCUGUUCA